CCCCGCAUCGCGCUGCAUUUCAGAAGAGAAUGGAAUAGAAUAACGCAUACCGUAGAAUAGAGAAACGAUCAUCGAUACCAUCCAAGCGAGAAAUAUCAAAGUGAAGAAACGAGAAAGUGCGAGAGGAAAGAGAAAACGUUGAAAGACUCAACGAAGAUAACAAAUACGAGGGAUAAAGAGCAGUAACGACGUUAAGGAGAGAACGCGCGAGCAAGAUAGACGCUUCGAAGAACGCGGACGAUAGAUCGAGAAGGAGAAAUCGGCUGAGAGUGAGAAAAAGGGAAACGGUGACGAGCAACGUUAGGAAGAGACGACGUUAUAGAGCGAGAGCACGAUCGAUAGAGUGGGAUACAACGAGAAAGAGGUUAUGGAGCAACGAGGAAAGCUAUCGGUUGUAAUAGCAGAGUGGGGAUGAGUAGCGAGGGAGAGGGAAAGAACGAUGCAGAAGAACAAAAGAGCGAGACAGCGGUAAUCGCGGUAGUUCGCGACGGGAGACGGUGGAGAGGAGGUUGGUCCUUCGGCAUUGGAGAGCGCGGAAUUGUGGAGUAGAGCGAGCCGACGACGCACCGUCCGGGUCGUGCUCCUCGUCGAGACCCUGUUCUCUUCUCGCGGUAGUUUCGUUCGGGUUGAAUGGACGAGGGUACCAAGUGCAGAGUGCCGAUCGGCGACGCCUGCGUGUCUAUGCGCGUGUGCUUCGACUCCCUGUGCUUCUCGUCGACGCAGCAGCGGCUCGCCGACGAGGAGGACGCUUCCCAGCUGCCGACGCACGGCGCCGUGGCCGUGGUCGCCGCGGCCGGCCAGAGGGCCAUUUCGAACGUCACCGGAGCGACCACGAUCACAGCAAUGGGCACCCUUCGCGAGCUGCAGGAAUUGCUGCGUGUCAAGGACGAGAAGAUCACGGAGCUCGAGGCGCUUCUCUGUCGUCGUGAUGCCGAGAUACAGGAGUUACGGAGUCACCUCGACAAAUUUCUCAGUGUGCUUCCCUUCAAGUCACCCUUGACACCGACCAAACCGAGACCUAGAAAGCAGAGGGCGCAGGGAAUCUCCGCGGAACCACCGCUGCAGGAGCUCGCUACGCUGACGGUAGUCGACAAGAGCGACAGGUCUCGCGAUCUCAUCAAAGCAGCCAUUUUGGAUAAUGACUUCAUGAAGAACUUGGAGCUGACGCAAAUCCGCGAGAUCGUGGACUGCAUGUAUCCUGUUACCUUCUCGGCGGGUUCAACCAUCAUUCGCGAAGGAGAUGUUGGGUCCAUCGUGUACGUUAUGGAGGAGGGUAAAGUGGAAGUGUCUCGCGAUGGCAAAUACUUGAGCACUCUGGCACCGGGCAAGGUGCUCGGUGAGCUGGCAAUUCUUUACAAUUGUAAGAGGACAGCAACGAUAACAGCGGCUACAGAUUGCCAGCUAUGGGCCAUCGAUCGACAAUGCUUCCAAACGAUUAUGAUGAGAACCGGCCUCUCGCGGCAGGCCGAAUACACGGAUUUCUUAAAGAGCGUUCCUAUCUUCAAGAAUUUGCCCGAGGAGACUUUAAUCAAAAUUUCAGACGUAUUGGAAGAGACUUUUUACAACAAUGGGGAUUACAUAAUCAGACAAGGAGCAAGAGGAGACACGUUUUUCAUAAUAAGCAAAGGGCAAGUUCGCGUGACGAUAAAGCAGCCCGAUACUCCGGAAGAAAAGUACAUCAGGAUGUUAGGCAAAGGCGAUUUCUUCGGCGAGAAAGCGCUUCAAGGAGACGACCUGAGAACGGCCAACAUAAUCGCUGACGAUCCGGAAGGAGUGAGUUGCUUGGUGAUAGACCGUGAAACGUUCAAUCAGCUAAUCUCGUCGCUGGACGAAAUUCGUACGCGGUAUAAAGACGAACUCGUGGAACGUAGAAGGUUGAACGAGGAAUUCAGAGAUUUAAGGCUACAAGAUCUUCGACCACUGGCUACUCUAGGAGUAGGCGGUUUCGGAAGAGUCGAAUUGGUUCAAAUAGUCGGGGACGGCAGUAGAUCCUUUGCUCUAAAACAGAUGAAGAAAGCCCAGAUCGUUGAAACGCGACAGCAGCAACACAUUAUGUCGGAGAAAAGAAUUAUGGGUGAAGCUGAUUGCGACUUUGUCGUGAAGCUGUUCAAAACGUUCAAAGACAGGAAAUAUCUUUAUAUGCUGAUGGAAGCUUGCCUCGGUGGUGAACUCUGGACUGUUCUAAGGGAUAAAGGUCAUUUUGACGACGGUACGACGCGAUUUUACACCGCUUGUGUCGUCGAAGCUUUCGAUUAUCUUCACUCUAGGAACAUUAUAUACAGAGAUCUCAAGCCGGAGAAUCUUUUGCUUGAUAGUCAAGGAUACGUAAAACUGGUUGACUUUGGUUUUGCCAAGCGUUUGGAUCACGGAAGAAAAACGUGGACUUUCUGUGGUACACCCGAGUACGUUGCACCGGAAGUUAUUUUAAAUAAGGGACACGAUAUCAGUGCCGAUUACUGGUCCCUUGGUGUACUGAUGUUUGAACUUCUCACGGGUACACCGCCGUUCACUGGAGGCGAUCCAAUGAAAACUUACAACAUUAUUUUAAAAGGAAUCGACGCUAUAGAAUUUCCUAGAUCGAUCACACGAAAUGCAACUGCAUUGAUUAAAAAGCUGUGCAGGGAUAACCCUGCAGAGCGUCUUGGAUACCAAAAAGGUGGCAUUAGCGAAAUACAAAAACAUAAAUGGUUCGAUGGGUUUAACUGGGAAGGCCUCAGAUCGAGAACUCUUGAACCUCCAAUCAUGCCACGAGUUCAAAGUGCCACCGAUACAACGAACUUUGACGAGUAUCCUCCGGAUUCAGAUCCCCCUCCUCCUGACGACUUAUCCGGCUGGGAUAAUGAUUUUUAAUCGAUAUUUAAUUUAUUUGUUCAAAGAAAUCGUUAUUUCUGAGAAAGAAAAAUGUUGGAAAUAGCUCGUAUCGAAAGAAUCGCAAGAUAAUUGGAAGAUCGAUGGAGAACGUGACCAUCGGCAUUCGCAUUUAUUCAACGAGCUGGUACUAUGCGAUGUUUAGAUAAUCGUUUAAAAUAACAUCGAUCAUCGAAUCAAAGAAAGCGAAACUGGCCUGUGAUACGAUAAUUAGGCUAUUGAAAAUUAGCUUUUCCAAACUUUUCGAGUCUAUCGAAUGAUCCAUAGAUUCGAACAUAGAGAAGAUUAUCCUUUUACCGUACUAUCUAACGAGAAAUAUGAAUUUUCAAGACGUCGGCCAAAAGAUUAUUGGCACGAAUUAAACAUGCGUCCAAUUUAGGGAAAUCUCUACACACACGAGCUCGCGUUCGAUAAGAUUAGAACUCGAACGUGGCAUCGUGAGACGCGCACGAAUGCGUUAAGUGCCAUACCUAACAAAGGUAAGAGUCGAAUACGAUACGUGUGUACGAAGCGUCCACCUGAACGUGCACGAUGUACAGUGAACUUAAAUUGUAAGAGACAUCUUGCCAUCGAACUUGUAAAGUCGUGCACACAGUUUUACAGAAUGAAGCAUGUCGGAUUCUUCUAGCGUCCGAUUCAUUGUUGUUUGAUUUACUCUAUAGUUUAUUGUAAUAAUUCUAUUUUAAUUGAUCAUGCGAAAACGUGACUCUUGUAAAUAAUUGACUAUAAAUAAAUAUAUAUAUAUAUAUAUAUAAUAUAAAAAAAAAUAUAUAUAUAUACACACUUAGCAAUUCAAUGUAUAUCGAUUAUAAAUAAAGUUUUAUUAAUGCUAA